AUGGACCACAAAGCCAAGGCCAUUGCAGGUCUCCUGGCCAUCACCUGUGUCUUCAGCUUCAUUGCCCUCAUCCUGAACGUCGUGAACGUGAGGGACGUGUUUCUGCCUCCCAGAAGCAAGUACGGUCUGGUGUUUGAUGCUGGCUCCACACACACGGCACUCUACAUCUACCGCUGGCCCGCAGACAAGGAGAACGGCACCGGCAUCGUCUCGCAGGUGGAGGCCUGCACCGUGGCUGGACCCGGCAUCUCCAGCUACGCUGACAACCCAGCUGGGGCGGGGGCCAGCCUGAAGCCCUGCCUGGACAAGGCCCUGGAGCUGAUCCCCGCAGAGCAGCAGCGGGACACCCCUGUCUACCUGGGGGCCACGGCGGGCAUGCGGCUGCUGAGGGAGCAGAACAGCAGCGAGGCCCAGCAGAUCUUUGCCGAGAUCGCCAGGGCCAUCGGCGAGUACCCGCUGGCCUUCCACGGGGCUCAGAUCCUGACGGGCAACGAGGAGGGCUCCUUCGGCUGGAUCACCGUCAACUACCUGCUGCAGACGCUGGUCAAGUUUUCCUUUGCAGAGCGAUGGGAACAUCCCCAGGACACCGAGGUGUGGGGAGCCCUGGACCUGGGAGGGGCCUCGACACAAAUCACGUUCCAGCCCGGAGCGGCCGUAGAGGACGAGAACAGCUCGGUGUCGUUGCGGCUGUACGGCAGCGAGUACGGGCUGUACACACACAGCUACCUGUGCUACGGGCAGCUGCAGGCGCUGCGGAUGCUGCUGGCCGCUCUGCUGCAGGGCAGCCCGGCCGGCCAGAGCAUCUCGCACCCCUGCUACCCCCGGGGCUACCAGGAGAACGUCAGCACGGCGGAGCUCUACGGCGGCCCCUGCGUCCCCGCGCCCGGCGCUCCCGGCGCCGCCCAGAACCUGACGGUGACGGGCACGGGGGACCCGGCCGCGUGCCGCGCCGCCGUGCAGCGCCUCUUCAACCUCAGCUGCGGGGCCAGCGGCUCGUGCGGCUUCAACGGCGUCUAUCAGCCGCCCGUGCGGGGACAGUUCUUCGCCUUUGCUGGCUUCUACUACACCUUCCACUUCCUGAACCUGACCAGCCAGCAGCCUCUGAGCGAUGUCAACUCCACAAUUCAGAACUUCUGCAGCAAGACCUGGACAGAGCUGGUGGAGAGCUUCCCACAGGAGCAGGGCUACCUGCACAACUACUGUGCCGUGGCCACCUACAUCCUGACGCUGCUGCUCGAUGGCUACAAGUUCAACGAGGACACGUGGAGCAACAUCCACUUUCGCCAGCAGGCAGCAAACACAGACAUCGGCUGGACGCUGGGCUUCAUGCUGAACCUCACCAACAUGAUCCCUGCAGAGGCUCUGCAACACGUCAAGGGGCAUGAGCCCGGGCUGUGGGCAGGAGCUGUCUCCUUCAUUGUCCUGGCCAUGGUGUUCGGGAUGGUGCUCAUUUUCCUCCAGUAUUUCUGGAAAACCAAGUAGCUCCUGAUGAAAGGCAUUGUGCCCACUAACGCAGACAGGGAGGUGGUGCAAAAGGAAGGGGGAGAAGAAUGAUGGGCAUUAGACCCAUCUCCAUUGCUCAGGAGGCCUAACUGGGUCAUCUCUGUAAAGAUGCCAAAGAUGGCAAGGAUGUCUUGAGCCCUCUAAGUAUAUCCAAGAGGAAAAGACUCCUGUCUGCAGAAAAAAAAAGCCUUUUUAAUCUGGCAGACCAAAGCUGAGUGAGACCUGGUGGCUAGAUGAAGCCAGAUUCAUUGCAACUAGAAAUAAAACCCUUUUUAUUUUUCAAAUG